AAAAAGGAACGCUACAGCUAAAUUAAAUUAUAAAGCAGAGUAAAUAUAGAUUCACCAUAAUCUGUUAAAUUUCUUUAUCUAACUAUCAUCGUUUCUUUUCUCUGUUAGAUGAUGACUUAUUGAUGCCAUACUACACAUCACUGACUCAGACAUUUACUACUUUUACCUCAUUACUUAUUACUACUAAUACUAAUACUCAGUUUUACCGUCAACACUCAACGUCAACACUUGUCCUCACUUAGACGUGAGUAACUACCACAUACACUAUCGCUAAGUCUUUUGACUAAUUUGAACAGCAGCAUAAAAUAUUAGUUUAAUAGGCUCAUAGCCAUAGCUCUCUCUUGCUUUUAAUUGAACAAGAGUAAGACUAGCCAAAACUCUGAAAUUUUUAUUAUUAAAAGUCUACAGUCUAGGCCUACCAGUCACUACAGAUAAUAUGAGAGAUAGGCAUACUCUUCAUGUAUUUUUUAAAUCCUACCAUAAAAUAGUUAAUGAUUAAAUUACAAGCUCUAAAAGAGGAACACAUCAUCUGACCAUCUAUAUCGAUCACUUGGGUCUCAUAACUUAACUGGUUAACUACCAUGAGUCGAUGGGACAUGCUUGGCAUUUCUUCCGUUAUGGCCACGAGCCGCUGGUAGCGCUAAUGUUUGUAUCGUAUUGAAUGUGACCUAGAUUUAAUUCGGCCACAGCUGGUUUUUUCAAUCUGGUAGUUAAUCACAGGGUUCGCAUGGUGUUUGAAGGUGUGGGAAAAAUGAAAUAAAAUUUCCAGGGCCCGGAAAGUUUGGGAAAAUUGAAAAAAACGUCACGGUCGUAGAAAGUUUGGGAAAAAUGAUUUAAAAAAAUUGGAAAGGAAAAAACUGGCGAAAAAAAAAUCGAACGAAAAAACAUGAUUCUAAAAGUGCGCAUUUCUUAAUGAUCCGUAACCCUGCAAGAAAUAAAGUAGAUAAGUGGUUGGUAUAUUUGUUUAAGCCAAUCAAAUCAAUCUUAAGGAGUAAGCUAUCAGUCGGGAAAACAGUAAAUAGUUGAGAAUUUAUUGAAUAAUUUUCCAGGUUGUGAAAACCGGGGAAAUGGGCAUUCUAGUAAGGAAAUUUUUAAAGAUCACCCAAUUAGAAUUAUGAUUAGAAAAGACAACAUUUUGUACAUUGUAUGCAUUAUAUUCAAUAUGAGCAUUGAAAUGUGCAAGUAUUAUGUUUGGGCUAGGAUAACCAUCUCUUGAAACUAUUGAUAGAAUUUGAAAAAAAAAUAUACAAACAAAUUUUGCAUGAAGUAAAUUGGGCUAUGUUAUAUCAACAUGUCUAAGUCUAGGCUAUUGCCUCAUAAUAAUAUUAUAUAAACUCUCAAUACACACUGACAAUUGGAGCUAUUUAAUUUGUAAAUAUAUGUUGUAUUAUAAGUUUAUUUUAUGUAAAAAUAAAUAUUGCAGGCCUUUGCCUACUUAUUGGCCCAUCUAUAUAAUUUUAAUAUUAAUCAAUCUGAGUUAAUUUAAAGAGUGCUAAAAAAUAUAUUAACUUGUUUUAAAAAAAAGCAUUCUCAUUUAUUUUGCAGUGCAAGUAUCAUGUUGAAAUCAGGUUGAAAGACACAAGCGUAGAGAAAUUGAAUAUUCAGUACUACUAAUCACUUCAGAUACUAUAAGAACAUUUUCUGAUGAACACUCCAGCAACAUUUCUGCCAGUCAUCAGUUUACAGAGUUUGUUAUUAGUCAAACAUUAAGAUUGUCUCAAUCUUCAUUGAUCUUGAGUGCUCUGUAGCUUCAGUUACUACCUUUGAUGCACACUUAACGUUUGCAUAAAGCUGCUUGCAUUAUAUAUAAUUCAUUUAUUAUAGUUGUGGUAUGGACAAUUAAUAAAAAUGCUAGGCUUAUGUUGGACACCAACAGCUGUACAAGGCAUGCAGAAAAUGGUAAGCAGUUUCUUUCCCGUAAUUCAGAUAUUUAUCUAAAUAAAAAUGAUUACAAAGCUAUUACAUUGUUAUAGUUCAGUCAUCUAUUGUUAUUGCCAUGAGCUAAUCCUUUCAAUGAACUUUAAAUUUUUGCGAUUAAAAAUUAAAUGCCACUAGUUUUGUUAAAAGGCAGUUUAAAACAGCCUUAGAAAUUUGAACAAUAAUUAUGUGCCAUUUUGUUUAUAUUUUAAAUAACUAUCAGUAUUUCAUUUAUCAUAAAUGUAGUAAAAGUAUAUUUUGAUUUCAGGCCAGUACCAUGCCUUCAAAUCCAGAACAAUUACUUGGUGCUAUUCUCGUUAGAAAAGACAUAUUUCAUCGCUUUGAAACAACAAUGCACGACACAUGUUUGGAUGCAAAUAAUUUACUUGAGUAUCUGUUCUCUCUCUACAACAGGUAUUACUUUUUUUAAGGUUAAUUUUUAUUAAAAGCCAUAAAAUCAGUUAAAUGCUAAUAUUCAUAUGCAGAUAUCUUAAGAAACAAAUAAUCUUAAGUAAGUAGUUAUUGUUUUAUUUGAAAAAAAAAAAAGGAAAUUUAUAUCACAUUUCAGCACUGCUGCCCCAGCUGAAAGAGAAAAUUUUCCAUCAACCCAAAAUCUGGGCUUUGUGCGCAGAGAUUCAAACCACAACAGGAAGUCAUCUGGUCGCGGUCAGCACCAGCAUGCAUUCAGCCAGCACAGCAACCCCAGCAACACACCACAUUUACAGCCCUCAGUUCAAGCCAGGCUAUCUGAAUCACCUAGAUGUCUACCAGCUGGAGUGCCAGAUGGCCAUCGGAAAAAGAUCAAACUCGAUGCACAUAAUUUUCAAGGAAAUGUAAAUUACUCUGGACAGCAUCAUGAUUACAACCAAUCUGUUACCUUAAAGCCAUUUGACAGUGUAGUUUUUCCAGGUUCGAGCAAUAAAAGUUUAGGUCCAGGGGUUAAAAUGGAAUUGGCUCCUGAUUUAGAUGCACGUCACACUCAGUCUUCAUCUCCCCUUCCGCCUUUUAGUCAAAUCCGUCGCCAAGGCAGCAGACCCUACAGUCCUGGGUCUGCUCCAUUUCCAGACAACUUAGCAACCCCACCUCAUGACGAUGGUCGUCAAAACAUUGGGCUUGAUUCUAGUGGGGAGAUCAAAGUAGAUGUUGAAAGUGCAUUACACAGGUCUAUAGAAGCUUCUCACACUCCUAAAACUCACAGUCAGACAAAACAUGGAAAAAAGUCCAAAGGUUUGAUAUUAUUUCUUUAAAAAUUCAUAAUGGAUUUUUAUUAAGACCACAGUUUCACUGUAACGCUCUUAACGUGCAGGUCCGAUGUUUUUCCUUUCUAAAAUGCUUAUUUGCUUUUUCAACGUUUAUUAAGUUCUAGGGCUUUCCCAUGUCCCGUAAAAAUAUUUUUAAAAUGUCAUUCUUGUAUAGUAUAUAUUCUUUCAUAUGAUCUAACAUUCAUUUUAAAAGUUGUGUUAAUAAAUAAUUAGGUUUUUAGUGUCCCCUAUAAAAUUUUGAAAAUGCAACAUAUGAUGAUGAUGAAUGAGUACUUUUAUAGCGCUUGUGUCCAUGCUAUUUCAGCAUGCUCAGUCACAGGGCUCUGAUGUCCUAAAAUCUAUUUAAAGAAAAGAGUCUUUAGAUGGUUCUUAAAUGAUUUUUUAUCAUUUUCAAUGUCCCUCAAAGAUUGAGGCAAACUGUUUCAUAUUUAUUUAAAGAGCUACAUUAAUGAUAUUUCAGCAAUGGCCGAUUUCAUGGAAAUUAAUGUAAAAGAAAAUUAAUCGUAACCUAUUAUAAAUAAACAUGUGUGACAUAUUUAGGUGCUAAAGAAAUUCACAUUUAUUCAUUUAUUAUAUAUUUCAUGGAAUUUUAUUUUUGUCAUAAUUUUUUUUCUUAUAGCCACUCCACGUGAUUCAUCGGGUGAGCGCACAGGUAGGAAAAAGAGGACACAUCAAUGCUUUUGCGGGGGCCUUUUCACAAGAGCCGAUAAUCUCAAGCGACACAUACGCAAGUGUCAUGAAGAAAAGCUUGAAAAGCUCAGCGGUGCCCCUUUAGAUUUUGAGAUUGAUGUCACCGGUGCUCCUAUGCCAGAAUUCACACCCUCUGUGUUUCCAUCAUCGAGCCAAGAAGCUGUGAACUCAACGCAGCCACAUCCAGAGUCGCACGAACAGCAGCAGCAGCAAGAGCAGAAUGUUCAGCAAGUGGAGGAUGGCAUGAAGACUGGAUCAGGCAUGAAGUGGUCCUGCUUUUGUGGAGAAAGUUUUGAGGACCAUCGGCAGCUUGUAGAACACACCAGAAUACACGAUAACAACACAUGAGACAAAGAAAAGCCUUGAUUCUCUUUAUAAUAGGAGAGGACCAUUAUAUGAAAAUGAUUUUUAAACCAGGUUUCUCAAGAUAAACUUUAGUCUGCAUGGCAGAGAAUUGGGGGUAAUGUAUUUUAUUUCUCGAAGGAAAUAUCUUUUUUGUAUAGGUUUGUUUUAGGCUAAGUAAGAAAACCGCAGCUUAGAAAAGUCUUGCUCUAAAUGGAGCAGAAUAUGGCAAUCUUUUUGUAUAUUUGUAUUUUGGAUAUUUUCAUAAGAACUAAUGGAGACAUUAACACAAAAGAGUUCAUCAAAAUGUACCACCAUGUUCAAUAUCUCCUCGUUUUUACAAUUGAUUUGUUCUUGUUAAAUGUUAUUUGUUGUAAAGAAUCAAGCUUUUAAAAUAGAAAUACAUGCAACAGAAGGGUUUAAUAAUUUAAACUGAGUGGAUAGUAUUCCGUAGUUUUUAAUUAUCAUGUUGAAAUCCAGCAAUACCAAUCUCUUGUGCGAGCAGAAAACGGAAUAAUCAAAGCAUUGUACAGAAGAAACUGGUAUUAUUCCAUGUGUGCUUGCUUGUUUAACCUUAUGCAUUGAAUGAUUUUGAGCUAUCUCUGCAGAGUGAUAAUAAAUAGUUUCUGUAGACCGAUGAUACAUAGUUACACACCCACUUUCAGGAAUCUGCAUAUCAUGGCUUCAGAACACUUAACAAACUUCUUUAUGUUUUUUUUUUAAACUUAAAUAAUGCCAUUAACUUUAGUUCUAACAUUUUGUUGUUUACACAGCACAGCAUGUGAUUUUACACCUAUGUCUUAAUAUAAUUUUGUUUUGCUUUUUAACCUACCAUAGCCGCAAACUUUAAACUACGUAAAGAACCACGUCUUGAUAUUUUAAACAAAAAAUAUUCAUUGAAAAUGUCAGAAUGUUUUGUUUUCACAAUGGUGUUCAGGAGUUGUGCUUUGAUUAACAAAAUC